AUGUUGUCAAGCGGCCGAGGAAUAGCGCUAAACAUAGAAGAGACGCUCUUUAUCAACAUACACGCACCGUCUGGCACAUACAACAAGCGAGCAAGAAGCACCUUCUAUAAUGAAAGAAUAGCCGAACUGCCGAUACAGAACAAUAACAGCAUCCUCAUUGGAGGAUGUUUUAACUGUCUCGCCGCAGCUGAAGACCAAACGCCCGUACCAAACAUAUGCCCAGAACUGCAAGAACUAAACCGACGACUGAAAAUAGAAGAUUUGUGGCGCCUUCUCCAUCCAACGCACACCGAAUUUACAUACCACCAUAAAAAUGGUAAAAGCAGACUGGACCGUAUAUAUGUCAGCAGAGCAGGAACUGGAAAUAUAGCGCACGCCGAAGUCUAUUCUGUCAUCUUUUCGGACCACUACAGCUACGAAUGCAGCUUUCAUCUCCAGAAAGGGAAGACCGUGGGCACAGGAAGCACGUGGACGCUAAAUACGGAACAUCUGCAGGACGCGGAACUGCGCAAGCAAAUAGCGAAAUCGUGGCAAGAAUGUCUGGCGCAGCGCGCACACUACAGCAGCACGACCGAGUAG